CACAGCUAGAAGUGAGCUUAAAAUGAUUGGAAGGUUGAUAAGAGAGAGUAGUAAAGUUCACUCGCUGUUACACAUAGUUCCAUUAGUCCAAUUUUUUUGGAUCGUAUUGGUUAUUGCCUGGCAUUUCAGGGCAGCUAAUGGAUCGAAACGAACAACCCCUCCAAAGUUCAACUCGCUAGAUUACUGUGAUAUGAACUAUUGUCCUCGGGGUAAGACCAAUGUCGGGUGUAGCUGUAAUUUCAACGAGUCAUUCGGUUUAAGAUGUAUAGACAAAAAUCCUAGACUUCACAGACUGUCGUAUAAGCAGCGUCAACAGAUAGUACACACCCAUAACAGUAUGAGAAAUAAUUUGGCCUGUGGUAAUGUGAAUCGUUUUGCACCAGCCGAACGGAUGGUAGCACUGCGCUGGGACGACGAGUUGCAGGCAUUGGCGGAGUGCAACAUGAAAAACUGCACGUACGCACACGAUCAGUGCAGAAGCACAGAACGAUUUCGAUACGCUGGUCAAAACAUUGCAAAACGCACUGUCUGUGGAAGGGAACUUCAUUUCGAGGAUGUAGUUAUGAAGUCACUUAAUGCUUGGUACGACGAAUUCCGUGACACAACGCCAGAAAUGUUGAACAAGUACCCUGAACCCAUGCCGAAAAAACAAAUAGGCCACUUCACAGCAAUGGUUAAUGAUAAUGCGUACUUUGUUGGCUGUGGCCUAUCGUCGCAUGACGUACGUAUCAAUGCAUACUACAACGAAACCGGCGAGGAUUGUCGUGCGUAUAUUUUCGUCUGCAAUUAUUCAUUCAACAAUUUGAAAGGUAAACCAACGUACAGCGGUGGCAAUAAGUCCGCAAGCAGGUGCCGGUCACACAAAAGCAAACAACACCAUUGUCUCUGCAGCGAUCACGAACCUUACACAACACUCGUGGAUUGGGAUGACAGCUCUAUUUAAAAGGUGACAAAAGUUCAUUUAUCUGCUGUCUUCAGACGCUCUGGUACCGCAGAAAUGAAACUAACAUACUACCGCUGAUGUUAUUGACAUGCAAAA